CCCGGCUGCUCCGACUGGACGAGGGGGCCAAGCUGGGCGGAGGCGGGUCUGGAUGGUCCAUCUGCCCGGAGCACGAGGAGCCCCUCAAACUCUUCUGCAGCCAGGACAAGGGGCCCAUCUGCGUGAUCUGCCGGGACCUGCCCCAGCACCGCGGCCACGACUUCCUGCCGGUCAAAAACGCCGUCCAGAAAUAUCAGGACAAGCUGAAGGCAUCUCUCGUACCCCUGAAGGACAAUCUGAAUUCAGCCACUGAGGACCAGCGCCACCAGCAGGAGAACAUAGCAGAGCUGGAGAGCUGCGCCCAAGACCUCUUGGGGUAUAUCGCCAAGGAGUUUGGAGUUCUCCAUCAGAUCCUGCAGGAGAAGGAGCAGGGCAUGAAAGAGACCGUGGAGAGGCUGAAGGAGGAGAACCGGGUGGAGAUGGAGGAGAGGCUGAAGGAGCUGGAUGAAGAAGUGACCUUUCGUAACGAGACCCUGUCCAGGGCCCGGGCGGGGCUGGACACCUCAGAUCACAUAGCCUUCCUCAGG